GGACUCGGACGACGCGGUGCUGCUCGACGUCCUCAAUCGCAUCGGGGACGUCAAGGCGCUCGGCCGCUGCGCCCUCGUCUCGCGCCGCUUCCACGCACUCGUGCCGCUCGUCUGCUCCGUCUUCGUCCGCGUCGACGAGCCCACCUCCGGCCUCGACAACGCCUCCGCGCUCCACAUCGUCGGCGCGCUCCGCGCCAUGGCCGAGGCGCGCGGACGCACAGUGCUGCUCAGCAUCCACCAGCCGGGAGCGUGCAUCGUCAAGAUGUUCGACUCCGUCCUCCUCCUAGCCGUCGGCUCCGUCCUCCACCAUGGCAUCGUCGACCAGCUCCGCGCCCUGCUCGGGGACGCGGGCCUCCACCUGCCCCCGCACGUCGACGACGUCGAGUUCGCCAUCGACUCCGUGGACGCGCUCCGCCGCCACGCACGUCGUCCUCCGGAGACCGAGAGGGCUGCAGCGUCUGUUCCAGCUGCACGGCAAGCAGGUGGCGGACGCCCCCGUGACCAUGAUGGCUAGCCGCUACGCCAACUCGAGGGCGCGGGAGGUGGCGGUGUGGCUGCGCUUCUUCAAGAACGUGGCGCGGACGCGACAGCUCUUCGCGUGCCGCACCGUGUGCAUGCUGGUGGCGGGCCUUGCGCUGGGCUCCAUCUUCUACGACCUCGGGGCAGGACAAGGUGGCGGAGCGCGUGGGUUUCUCCGCCUUCCUGCUCACCUUCCUCCUGUCAUCCACCACGGAGGCGCUGCCCAUCUUCCUGCAGGAGCGCGACAUCUUGGCCAGGGAGGCGGCGUCGGGGGCGUCGAGUCCGGCACCGCGGCCUGGGGAUGACGGCGCUGAAGACGGCACUGGCUCAGGAGACUUAUUCUCACGCGGGAGAUUAAUUAGUGUCCGUAACAACUAAUGGGGUUUUUAUGUCCAUAUCAGUGUUUCGCCGUCGUCUGCGUCAAACUGUCGAAGUCCUUACCUAUACCUCUAUUUCGUUGACACAACGAAACGCAGCCCAGAAGUCAUCACCGCGCUGGAGCUCCGGGUGCUAACAAUCUGGGCCUGCAGUAUUUAAAAACUCGCCGGCGCUGGCAGAGUGGCAGGCUUUGCAACUACAAGGGCCGUGGCCGGUGUCCCGUGGCGGUAGAACGCGUGCGUCGGCAGGAGCCCCCCCACCUGUCGAGACGAGGCUUCUCCAAACCGCCACCGCAGCCGACCCCUGCUGCCCCGGCUUUGUUAUAACGGAUUUUUUUCCCGACACGGCUGGUCGGCUGCCAUCGCCAUGUGCCUCGCCGCCGCGUGCGCGUCCGCCACCCUAGCCCGCCGCCUCUCGCCCUCCACCGCGCUCCCGCGCCGCUUCCUCCUCGGCGCCCCCACGAGGCCUUCCCCGCCACCGCCUCUGCUGCGGCGCUGCCUCCCGUUCCACUUCUACCAUAUGGCGCAAUAUUGGACUCAACCAUCACUGGACAGGAACAAAGCUAUGGUUGAGUACCUAAAGCAGUAUGGUGCUGUUAGAACUGAUAAAGUGAAGGAAGUAAUGGAAACGAUUGAUAGAGCACUAUUUGUACCAGAGGGUACCCCUUACAUUGACAGUCCUAUGCCUAUUGGUUUCAACGCGACGAUAUCUGCUCCUCACAUGCAUGCGACCUGCUUAGAGCUAUUGAAGGAUCAUUUGCAACCAGGAAUGCAUGCUCUGGAUGUCGGAUCAGGUAGUGGCUACCUGACAGCUUGUUUUGCCAUGAUGGUUGGACCAGAAGGCCGUGCAGUGGGAAUUGAACACGUUCCCGAGAUCGUUGCUUCUUCUGUUGAAAAUGUGCAGAGAAGUGCUGCAGCUCCACUACUGAGGGAUGGAUCGCUCUCUUUUCAUGUUACAGAUGGCAGGCUUGGCUUUCCAGACGCGGCACCCUACGACGCUAUCCAUGUUGGUGCAGCGGCACCUGAGAUCCCUCAGCCUCUGCUUGAUCAGCUAAAGCCUGGCGGCCGGAUGGUGAUACCGGUUGGCACCUACUCCCAGGACCUGCAGGUGGUGGACAAGAACACGGAUGGAUCAUUCAGCGUCCGGAGCGACGCGGCUGUGCGCUACGUCCCACUGACCAGCCGCGCCGCGCAGUUGCAGGGCCCCUAAAUAAGCUAGGUGGUCUCAGUCCGUUCGUGUUUCACGAACGACGACGGUGAAAAAAGAGUGGUUCUUUCUGUAAUAAGAAGGAUCGCUAGCAUGUUUCUGAAUCAGAUGGUCGGUGGAUGAUGUUUUGAGCUUCUGAA